CUCUAUCUAAUAUAAAGGCCUUAAACCCUAAUUAACAUCUUUCCUGUAAACAGAAAUUCUCAGGCGCUCAAGGCCGGAAACCCGUAAUUGUAGACGUACUAUGCCCGUUAAGUUCAUUCCGCAGCUCCACUUCAUCAACCCAAAAUUUCCAGUCGCCGCUCGGAUUUUGUCGAUUCUCCACUCGGUCAUUUCGACCCAGACCCGAACUCAGCCACGGUGGUCGUGACAGAGGAGACGUGAAAGCUUCAAAGAGUUUGAUCGAAGAUGAAGCCGAACUCAGUGAUUGGGUCAGUGAUUUGAGGACCAGUUCUUUCCGUGGACGACUCACUAGCGAAGACGAGUCAGAUUCUGAUACGGUCAGUCAUAGAGGUGAGAGCCGCGGAGAUAGGAAUAAUAAUCAGGGCCGAGGUAGAAGUAGAGGAAGAGGAAGAGAUAGAGAAGGCUUUUCAAUGAAGAGGAGAAGGGACAUCAUCUCGGACGGGUUUGCGGAGUCCCCUAAGAGGAGAGCCCGCGGUCAGGCGAAUUCAUUUUCGAGGAACUCACGUGUAAGUCAGCGAUUUGAUAGUGGACGUGUGGAUGGUGAUGCGGACACAUUUAACUCGAGGAGAAAGAAAGUUGAGAAUAGAGAUUUGAUGAAUGGAAGGAAAGGUGGGAAAGGGAUGGAUUCAGGGUUUAGGAGAGAUGGGAAGGCAAAAAGGGGAAAACGGGAUUUUGUUGAUGAUAUGGAAGAUGAGGGCGAUAUUGAUGACAACGAGUCUGGGGGGAAGGAGUUAAUAGGGCAUCUCAAUGAUUUGGUUAAUGAGGAGAGUGAUGAUCCUGAUGAAGAUGUUCAAGAUGAUGGGAUGUUAAAGAGAAAUGCAACCUCUUCAUUUGGAUCGGAGAACUAUAGGCCUCUCUCACCUGAAAAAUCCGAUUCUUAUUUAAGCGAGUCUAGAUUCGAUCAAUGUUCGAUUUCUCCAUUGUCUAUAAAAGGAAUCAAGGAUGCAGGAUAUGAGAAAAUGACUGUUGUUCAGGAGGCUACUCUUCCACAUAUCCUAAAUGGUAAGGAUGUUCUUGCUAAGGCUAAGACAGGCACUGGAAAAACUGUAGCUUUUUUGCUUCCAGCAAUUGAAGUGGUUGUAAAAUCUCCUAUUGGUCGUGAUAAAAAACGACCCCCGAUUCUUGUGCUUGUUAUAUGCCCAACUCGGGAACUUGCAAGUCAAGCUGCUGGAGAAGCAAAAACCCUAUUGAAGUAUCACUCUUCUACUGGUGUUCAAGUUGUUAUUGGAGGCACAAAACUUGCCCUUGAACAGAAACAAAUGCAAGCAAACCCAUGCCAGAUUCUUGUUGCUACGCCUGGGAGGCUUAGAGACCAUAUUGAGAAUACUUCUGGAUUUGCUGCAAGGCUGAUGGGUGUGAAAGUCCUUGUACUUGACGAAGCUGAUCAUUUGCUAGACAUGGGAUUUCGUAAAGAUCUUGAAAAAAUAAUUGCUGCUGUUCCAGAGCAACGCCAAACGCUUCUGUUUUCAGCCACGAUUCCUGAAGAGGUUCGUCAAAUCUGUCACAUUGCUUUGAAAAGAGAUCAUGAAUUCAUAAAUACAGUUCAAGAGGGAACUGAGGAGACGCACACGCAGGUCAGACAGAUGCAUCUAGUUGCUCUAUUAGACAAACAUUUUCCCAUAUUAUAUGUUCUUUUGAAGGAUCACAUUGUAGAUAACAUUGAUUAUAAGGUUCUUGUAUUCUGUACAACUGCUAUGGUUACGAGAAUGGUUGCUAACCUUCUUGGUGAACUGAAGUUGAAUGUCAGAGAGAUCCAUUCCAGAAAGGCACAGAAUUACAGGACAAGGGUUUCUGAUGAAUUCCGGAAAUCAAAGGGCCUUAUUCUUGUGACUUCUGACGUAUCUGCACGUGGAGUUGAUUAUCCUGAUGUUACCCUUGUCAUUCAGGUGGGCUUGCCAGCUGAUAGAGAACAGUACAUACAUCGACUUGGUAGAACCGGCCGUAAAGGUAAAGAAGGGCUAGGCAUAUUGUUACUUGCACCUUGGGAGGAAUCUUUUUUAUCUACCAUCAAAGAUUUGCCCAUAACAAAAGGUUCAGUCCCACCGGUGGACCCAGACACAAAGGCAAAGGUGGAACGGGCUCUGUCCCAUGUCGAGAUGAAAAAUAAAGAAACAGCAUACCAGGCCUGGUUAGGGUAUUACAAUUCCACUAAACUGGUGGGUAGGGAUAAGUAUAGGCUUGUGGAGCUCGCAAAUGAGUUCAGUCGAAGUAUGGGACUUGAUAACCCCCCUGCCAUCCCCAAGCUCGUCCUUGGCAAGAUGGGCCUCAGGAAUAUCCCUGGUUUGCGCUCCAAAUAGUUUUGGCAUGCUAAACAAGGACGCUGAUUCUUAGGUAAUGCUUGUUAACGCACUUGGAAAAUACAGGCAGAGGAUUUUUGUAGGGAAACAUCUAUGCGCAAUUGUCGGAAUUUUUUCUUUUAAAGUAUUCUUAAUUUUGCUUA